AUGUUUACAUGGGAUAACUACACACAAGUAACUGAAUUUAUCCUCCUUGGCUUCCCAGGUUCUGUAGGACUCCACCUGUCCCUCUUUCUCUUGUUCCUGCUGGUCUACUCUUUGACUAUCAUUGAAAAUAUCAUUAUCAUCACUCUGAUCAAGGUCAACUCUUGUCUCCACAAGCCUAUGUACCUCUUCCUCAGUAACCUGUCCUUCCUGGAGAUGUGGUAUAUCUCUGUCACUGUGCCCAAAAUGCUGCUUACCUUCCUGGAGCCUGAAUUUGGGCGCAUCUCCUUCAUGGGCUGUAUGGCCCAACUCUAUUUCUUUCUAGCCCUGGCCUGCACUGAGUGUGCCCUUCUGGGGGUCAUGGCAUAUGACCGCUAUGUAGCAAUCUGCAAUCCACUGCGCUACCCAGUCAUAAUGGCUCCUGGUCUCUGUCUCCGGCUGGCUACCAGCUCCUGGCUCAGUGGUUUCAUCAUAUCUCUUGGGAAGGUCUUUUUCAUCUCACGCCUUGGCUACUGUGGGCCCAAUGUAAUGAACCAUUUUUUCUGUGAUGUCUCCCCAUUAUUGAACCUGGCUUGCACUGACAUGUCCAUGGCUGAGCUAAUUGACUUUCUCCUGGCCCUGCUCAUCCUGAUUGUUCCCCUCCUAGUGACCAUCUUCUCCUACAUCUCCAUCAUCUCCACCGUCUUGAAGAUCCCCUCCACCUCAGGACAGCAGAAGGCCUUCUCCACUUGUGCCUCCCACCUGGCUGUAGUAAUCAUCUUCUACUCAGCUUCACUCUUCAUCUAUGCCCGGCCCCGGGCCAUCUACUCUUUUGAUUAUAAUAAGUUAGUGUCAGUGGUUUAUACUGUGCUCACCCCACUCCUCAACCCUAUUAUCUACUGCCUGAGGAACACAGAGGUAAAAGUUGCCCUGAAGAAGACAGUACAGAAGAUAUCACAGAAGAUGGAUGCUGUCUCCUAG